UAUACAUGUGUUCUAAUAUGACGUUUGUUUGCAAAGCUCUGGCAUCUAUAUCGACCAUAGACACCAAAAAAAGACAGUUUAAUCCUUAAGUUUUCUCAUACAUAUUGCUAAAUUUAAGAAUUCUUGAAAUUGUUCAGCGGUAUAAAAAUGCUUAAACAAAUGGUAUUUUAUUGGCUACUUUUAAUUUUUCUUCUAUGUUCCAGUCUAAGGUGUUCAUACAUUUUUACACUGUUCUGCCACUUGUUCAAAUUUCAGAAUGAAGUUACCCAGACUGGGUAUGAUAUAUGCAAUCAUAUCUCAGGGAAGAAUACCUGAACUAUCAGCAGUGCAGCGAAUGAUAUCCAUGAUCCUGUUUGACAAUAUUGCAGAUCAAAAGAUAUAUGAUCGCUUGCAACCUGUUGGACUGUGUCUGAGUUAUCAGACUAGCCUUGAGGUACUCCACAUCUUUGGAGCUGGCAGCUUUAACAUAAAAUUGGUAGAGGCUAUCAAAGCCGGAAAAGUUAUAAGAUUAGUUGGCGACAAUGUCAACUUUUCUGUCAAGGUUACAGAUCAGCAUCAAUCAACCGAAGGAAAAACAAAGUUCAUGUUGAUAAGAAAAACCAUUCUUCAUUUCCAGACUAUGCAUCAUGCAUUUGCAAGUGCUGCCUUGAUCAAUCACUUCAACUUCAACCACCUACCUGAUCAUAAACCCCAGCCCAACAAUCUCACAGUCCAAGACUUUCUUGUGAAUGAAGCAGACCUCAAAAAUAUAAGACAAGUUUACACAAUUCUUAUUGCUAGUUAUGAAAGUAUUUUACAAGAAGCCUUUGGGGCUUGUGAGUUGCCACUGUCAAGCAUACAAAUUGGUGGAGACCAAUUGACCCGUGAACGAUUUUCUGGUGCAAAGUGUCUACGUGCAGGAGCAGCAGACAUAGCAUCUCGUUUUGGCCACUUAUCACCCAUCACAUUUGAGAUGUUUCAUCUUCUGAUGAAUUUCCUGAUAACAUUCAACAAAAUAUUGUUCAAAAAUUGCAGUUCGAAGGAAAUUGGAACUCUGAAGUGUGAGGUUGACAGACUUAUGAGGACAAAUUUUGAUGAGGACGUACGGAAAGCAUAUGACGCUGACAAAGAUUUUAUUGUCAGUUUUGUUGAUGCACAUUUGGUGGAGCUGAUGCGAGAUUUCUUCGGAAUGGAGGAUAUAUAUUCACCUUUACAAAAACAUGUUCCUCCAGAGUUUGAGAAUGACGAGAUGAAGAAAAGAUGGGUUUUUGCAACAUUUGGAGAACUUGUGGAUACAAUUGUUGCCUCAAACCAGCCCCAAAGUGCUACCUCAGACGAUGUCAUUGAUGAUGGACAAUUUGUUGUACUUAAGUUAUCUUCAGGCAAGAUCAUACAUGUGCCAGUUGUCAAACAUCAUGCAUCAACAACACCAGAAACAGAUCUAGAGGACACUGUUUUUAACUAUGCAAGCAUUGUAGUUGAAAUGGGUCUUGUAUACAAAGAGCUUAUUGAUCUCUGCAAGCUUCCAGACAGAGAAAGGUUGAUUAGGGUUAUGAAACAAUGUAUGAUUAUAUUCAAGGCAAAAAGCAACAACAGUAAGUAUGCCCUUGAAUGUCAUAGGUUCUUGGUCCAACACCUUGUAUUGAUGAGUGAGAGAGAGUCAACAAAGGUAAUUCAUUCUUUGUUUGUUAACACCACUGGCUCACCUCACUCACAUAUUCCGGCUGACCUACAAAUGGAGUACCUUGUAAAAGAUAUAAAGAAACAUAUGAAACAUAUGUUUAGUAAUAAAACCAUGUCUAACAUUGCAACAAGGACAAGGGGUCUGUCGUGUUUGAAGUCUAUUGCAGAGCAAUAUGAUACGCAAACAUAUGUUAAAGCAAGGGCCAAGAAACAUCAGAGAGGAAGCUAUUUUGAUGAUGAACUUGUAUUAGUAAAAGAUUUACAGCAACUGCAGCCUUUCCAAAAUCAACCAGGAAGAUUUCAUUCUUCAUUCCCUAAAAUGCACAAAACAAUGUUGAAGUAUCUUGAUAUAGACCAUUUUCAUGACUGAAUUAAGAAACGAGUUAAUGUAGUUGCUACAGAAUUAGGAAAUUAAGCAAAAAUGAUUAUUAAAGAGACAAUUCAUGAUUUGAUAAAAAAAAACCCAGUGCAAUCAGAGAAAUAGCUUCUUUGAUGUUGAACAGUGAAAAACAAUGUUUGCUUAUCAUAUUGAAGACAAUUUUUCUAUUUGUCAUGAUGUUGACAAUUUUCCUAUUUGUCUUGAUGUUGACAAUUUUCAUAUUCAUCUUGAU